AUGGAAGAAAUAAAUGAAUUCAAUCAAUUAAAUCUAAAGCAAUGGCUCCUAAAUCAAUGCGAAAAACUAGGAAUCAAAAAGCCAACUCCAAUCCAGCAACAUUGUAUAAAACCGAUUUUGGAAGGGCAGGACUGUAUAGGAGCUGCUAAAACUGGUUCAGGAAAAACUUUUGCAUUUGCUUUACCAAUUCUUCAAAAAUUGUCAGAUGAUCCUUAUGGCAUAUUUGCUUUGGUUCUUACACCGACCCAUGAAUUGGCUUAUCAAAUUGCAGACCAGUUUUCGGUUCUCGGUCAACCUCUUGGUGUCAAAGUGUGUGUAGUAGCUGGUGGCACAGAUCAAUUAUAUGAGUCACAAAGAUUAGCAAAAAGACCCCACAUAGUUGUUGCUAUGCCAGGUCGAUUGUCUGACCAUAUAUCAGGUUGUGACACAUUCAGUUUGAAAAAAAUCAAGUUUUUAGUACUUGAUGAAGCUGACAGAAUGCUAAGUGGACAUUUUGAUGAAAGUUUAAAAGUAAUAGCUUCUGCUUUACCACCAUCACCACAAACUCUUUUAUUUUCGGCAACACUUAAUGAUCAAAUAAUGAAUUCCAAAAUUUUUAAUAUAUCACAAAAUGCAUUUCGAUGGACAAAUUCCUCCGAAGUGGCAACAGUAGAUACGUUGGACCAGAGGUACUUACUAUGUGCAGAUUAUGAUCGUGAGGUUAUGCUAGUUCAAUUAAUAAGAGAGAUCAGAGAAUCUACUGACGUUGGAAAUAUUAUUAUAUUCACUAAUACUAAAAAGGAUUGCCAAUUACUUUCUAUUACACUAAAUAAGAUUGGAAUGGAAAAUGUAUGCCUCCAUGGUUUUAUGAAACAAAGAGAACGUUUGGCUGCUCUUGCACAAUUUAGAUCAAAAACAAUAACUAAUCUAAUUGCAACAGAUGUUGCUAGCAGAGGGCUUGACAUAUCUUGUGUUGAUUUGGUCAUAAAUCACAAACUGCCUAAGGAACCCAAAGAAUAUAUACAUAGAGUGGGACGUACAGCUAGAGCAGGAAGGAAGGGUUUAGCGAUAUCAAUAUUCAGGUUUCCUAGAGAUUUACCAUUUUUAGGGGAAAUUGAGAAGGUUAUAAAUACAAAAAUAACUGAAUAUAAAAUAAAUGAAAGAGCUGCAGAUAAAAUAUUUUUACAAGUCAGUGUUACAAAACGAGAAGCUGAAAUAAGUCUAGAUAAUAAUGAUUUCAAUGAGAGAGCAUGGAAUUAUCGAAGGAAAAAAUGGAUAGAACAAGGACUAGAUCCCGAUGUCAUGGAGCAAGAAAUGAUCAAGUCUUUCAAGAAACAAAGAAAAGAGAGAUUAAAAGCUCAAAAAUUGGAAAAUGAAAAAAAUAAAGCCCUCGCUGAUGCAGUUCAGCAGGAUGAAAGAUUUAAAGACGUACCUAAAAAGAAACAAAAAUUGAACAAAUUCGGUUUUCCAACAUCGGAGACGAUACAAGUUUACAAGAAUUUUAUCGCCGAUUUAUACACAAAGUUCAAACCAGUUUCGUUCGUCGUUGGAGUUGGAAUGUGUUGGAAAAAUUCUGAAACUACAAAUCUAAUGAGAUCGUUAAGUUCCGUUGGAAUACGUUCAGCAUUUCCAAUGGAAAAUUACACUUUGUUCCAAAGUUUGAGACUUUAUGACGCCGGAAUUUACGGAGUGAUCAUAAAUAGUGAUUGUGCGAGAAGCAGAUCGUUUCUUGAAGAGGUAUAUCAUAAAACCUAA